AGACCAUCGACGCUAUCGGCAUCAGUAUUCGCACAGCACUUCUAUCAACAACAACAUCCAUCAAAAUGAAGUUCUUCAUUGCAAUCAUGGCUGUGGCGUUCGUCGCUGCGUCCGAGGCCUCGUACCUGCCAUACGCUGACGAUCUGUCCUACCAGAGCUACGGUUAUGGACUUCCUCUCUCGAAGGUGGUCGUCGGCUCGUCGUACGGUCUGCCAGCAGCUGUGGACAAGUACUCCUACCCAUCGUACUACAGUUCCUAUCCGGCCGUGAAGAAGGUGGUCGAAUAUCCGUCGGUUGCUCCGGUGCUGGCCACCAAGGUCGUUGAUAACAGCUACGGACUGGGAUACACCAAGGUCGUUGAUAACAGCUAUGGCCUAGGAUACAACAAACUGGUGUCUCCGGUCCUUGCCAGCGGUUACGGUCUCGGAUACAACAAGCUGGUGUCCCCAGUCGUCGAUAAUGGUCUGUAUAACUAUGGCGGCUACGGACUGGGAUACAACAAGUACCUGUCGGCCGCUCCAGUUGCCAAAUAUGUGUUGUAAAUGUGUAAAUAAUAUUGUUUUAAUAAACCGGCUCCGGCUCCGAUCCAUGACGUAUGAAUGUUAACCCAA